AUCCCUUUCUGUGAAGACGUGCACAUUUCAACUGGAAGAUGCAGUGCAAAUACCACCUGUGUCCUCAUCGCUGCGGCUCUGAGUCACUAGGAAAUGCUUUCUGUUUCCUUCUGGCAGUAUCAUUUGUUCUCGCAUGUAUCAGCAGAAGUAGGUAGAUGGCAUGUUUGAUGAGCCUUGGCAGCUACUGUCACAUCUCAGAUACAUCUCUUGAGAAACCACGCGGCUUCCUCGGGAUGGGCACCCAAUACCCAGCCACCGAACCAGCCUACUCUGGAUGACCAGAUCUGGGAAGCCUUGGAAGAAGUAGCUGCAGCUGCAAAACAGUGAACGUCCUGGGAGGAGCCCCAGGACACAAUCCGGACCGCAGGACGAAGAUGAUAUCAAUACACAGUCUGUCGGAGCUGGAGCGUCUGAAGCUGCAAGAGACUGCUUACCACGAACUCGUGGCCAGACAUUUCCUCUCUGAAUUCAAACCUGACAGAGCUCUACCUAUUGACCGUCCAAACACCUUUGAGAAGUGGUUUCUGAUUCUGAGAGGACAGCAGAGGGUCGUAUCACUCAAGACAUUUGGUAUUCGUCUGGAAGAGGUGCUCGUGAAUGAGCUUACCCGCCGCAAGCAUCUUGAACUAACAGCCGCGAUGCAGAUUGAAGAAUCCACGGGUCAGGCUGCGGGCCGUCGUCGGGGAAACGUGGUGCAAAGGAUGUUUGGCCGCAUCAGGCGCUUUUUCAGUCGCAGGCGGGAUGAGCCCUCCUUGCCCCGGGAGUUUACUCGCCGUGGGCGUCGAGGUGCAGUGUCUGUGGACAGCCUGGCCGAACUGGAGGACGGGGCCCUGCUGCUGCAGACCCUGCAGCUUUCCAAGAUUUCCUUUCCAAUUGGCCAGCGACUUCUGGGAUCCAAAAGGAAGAUGAGCCUCAAUCCGAUUGCUAAACAAAUCCCCCAGGUUGUUGAGGCUUGCUGCAGCUUCAUUGAAAAACAUGGCUUAAGCACUGUGGGGAUUUUCACCCUGGAAUACUCGGAGGAGAGAGUGCGUGAGCUCCGUGAAGAAUUUGAUCAAGGUCUGGACGUCGUGCUGGAUGACACUCAGAACGUGCAUGAUGUGGCUGCGCUCCUCAAGGAGUUUUUCCGGGAUAUGAAGGACUCUCUGCUGCCAGAUGAUCUGUAUAUGUCCUUCCUUCUGACAGCAACUCUGAAGCCGCAGGAUCAGCUUUCUGCCCUGCAGCUGCUGGUUUACCUGAUGCCACCCUGCCAUAGUGACACCCUGGAGCGUCUGCUGAAGGCCCUGCAUAAAAUCACUGAGAACUGCGAAGACUCCAUUGGCAUUGAUGGACAAUUGGUUUCAGGCAACCGUAUGACUUCCACCAAUUUGGCUCUGGUGUUUGGAUCUGCUCUCCUGAAGAAGGGGAGAUUUGCCAAGAGGGAGUCCAGGAAGACAAGACUGGGGAUUGACCACUAUGUUGCUUCUGUCAAUGUGGUCCGUGCCAUGAUUGAUAACUGGGAUAUCCUCUUCCAGGUGCCUCCCCAUAUUCAGAAGCAGGUUGCUAAGCGUGUGUGGAAAUCCAGUCCUGAAGCCCUGGAUUUUAUCAGACGCAGGAAUUUGAGGAAGAUCCAGAGUGCACGCAUAAAGAUGGAAGAGGAUGCUUUACUUUCUGAUCCAGUGGAAAAUUCUGCUGAAGCCCGGGCUGCUGUCCUUGCUCAGAGCAAGCCCUUUGAUGAAGAUGCCACACUCCUUAAAAACAAGUCUCGGCCUGGCCAAGUCAUGAACCACAAGUCCUCCCCAGAGUCAUUGAUGACCAACACCUGCUUUCUUCCCUCCAUGAAGUGCUGUUCCUCUGAGGAGCCAGCUGUGCCUUCCGGCACUGCCCGUUCCCAUGACGAUGAGGAAGGAGCGGGUAACCCCCCCAUUCCAGAGCAAGACCGCCCAUUGCUCCGUGUGCCCCGGGAGAAGGAGGCCAAAACUGGCAUCGGCUACUUCUUUCCUUAGAUGUUUUUUCCUUCUAUAAGGUGCCGGACAGGGGAAAAGGGUGGGGGUAGACCUGGGAUGUCACAGGAAACAUUGAGGAGAAUGUUGAAGGUAAAGAUCUGAGGGUAAGAAGGAUUUCCACCUGAUGCUCGGAUCAGGCUGAGAAUUCCAAACACGCUGCCAGCCCCUUCACUGGGGAUGUUUGGUCCCUUUAGCUAGUAAAAGCAGAGAUGUUUCUGUGUCAUGCCCAGGCUCCCUGGUGCUACCUUGCCUUUCUCUUUUACCCCUGAUCUUGGCCUUCCCACACUGCAGCCCUUCCUUUAAUUGAUGUGACAUUUGUGGUAAAUAACUUGUCCCAGAGAAGCUCACAAAUCUCGAGGUGCUUUCCCUCCCCCCAAAAGGGAAUUGCAUGUUUUUCCUGACUUUCCUUCCCUCCUCCCGAGAGCUCAAUUGGAAAGGCCCUCAAGAGGCAUGUUAGGACGUUAGGUCAGCCUACUGACAGCUGACAAAUAAUUAAUGCUAAACCAUGUCACAUCAACUCAUAGCCAUGUCCCCGCAGCAACUCCACCACCUCAGGAUUCCCCCCCCCCAAAUUAUUUAGACCAAUGGCUCAUCCAACAGCCACUCUCAAAAUUCUGUGCAGUUUGGCUCAGGUCACGCUAACAGGGAAACCUCAAAUGUAAGCCUAACUAGCCUUCUGGGAUCAAAAGUUAGAGGAAAAAUUUGAUUUUAUUACCUAGAUCUGUUUUACAGACAGCUGGAGUUCACAUCCUGUUGUCAGCAAAACAGCUAGUUAGGUAGAAACACAUAGUUCCAAGUAGCUAAAGUCACCUGAUUACAAAUGUUCUUAACUAUCGUCUCUGUAGUUCCUCUAUGCAGGACGGUACAAAUUUGCGGGACAUGCUCUGGUAACACACAGAUAUGGGUUAUGUAUGACAUCCAAAAUUAUAGCUGAUAUUGAUGGGUAACAACUGCUAAGGUCCAUAGAAUGAAGAAUGUAUUGUAUUGAGGGAUAGAAAUUGAUCACACAAUGGAUAACAACCGCAGAGCUCGAAGAUUUGUGAUUGUUAAAACUUCUCUGGCAUUUAAUCAUUAAUAAACAUCUGUAUUGUGACAGCAGCAUA